AUGAUGAACGGAAGGAACAACUGUAAGAUGUUGAUGGCUGUUGGGAUCAUCAAACACGCCAUGGAGAUCAUCCAUAUAACGCCCCAACCGCCCCUUCCGGUGAGUCACCCACGACCUCUCUCUAGGCCCGCAGGCCCAUCUCGGCCCGUGGGCAUCACCCCUGUCCGUCGGCCGGUCCGUUAUUUUCGAGAGGCUCUAAUGAUUUGUUUACUAUCCUUGCAAUCAACACCUGACCUUUCCACGUGUUUUGGCCUCACUCACACGGUUUCGGAAACCACUUCCCGAAAGGUCACCCAUCCUUCAACUACUCCAGCACAAGCACGCUUAACUGGAGUUACUUAUAGACCUUUGACCGAAAAGGUCAUCAUUGACGAUAUCGUUAACAGUGGUCCACGUGAAGAUGCUACCAGCAUUGGAUCUGCUGGCGUGGUGAGGAGGCAGGCCGUUGAUAUCUCUCCUCUAAGACGUGUGAACCAGGCCAUCUUCGUGCUCACCACUGGGGCACGUGAAGCUGCUUUCAGAAACAUCAAGACUAUUUCUGAGUGCCUUGCUGAUGAACUCAUCAAUGCUCUCAAGGGAUCUUCCAACAGCUAUGCCAUGAAGAAAAAAGAUGAGAUUGAGAAAAUUGCCAAAGCCAAUCGAUAA